AUGGAUCCACAGCUUCACUAUGAUUUUGGGUUGGAGAUAUCGCAGGCUGUGUGCUCCUAUGCGCAAUUGUACAUUUGGCCUUUGGUCCUCAUGGGUAUCCUGAGCGUUGUGACUGUGUAUCGUCGCGAAAUGAGUUGCAAUCGAGUCUAUUACCUACAAGACGGAGACCCCAACAACAACUGCUCACGCGAAGGAGACAAUCAUCAAUCCGCUGCUGAUAACGGUACCAGUACGAUUUCUAGAAGGGCUGCUUCUAGACUGUCUUGGCUUCAAUUCGACAGAGGAGCUGAUCCGGAAGUGGAGCAGGCGCUACUAGCAGGGAGAGCAGCGGCUCAGGCCAAACGAUCGGCUCGGGCUACCAACUCGGAAAGAACGGCUUUGAAGUGGUCCAGAAAGGUUAACAUGGUUGCUGGAAGACUAGCAGCGACUUUACCACAAACCAUUCGGACAAGGCUUGCCGAGUCCUCCUUCAACUUCUUCCCAAUCCACAAAGGUCGUCGCCGUGUCACGAACACAACGCCUCUUCACCCCGAAAAUUUUCCAUCCGAUGUACAAGUCAACAUCUUUAGCUUCUUACAUCCUCAAGAUGUCGCCAGGUUUGCUUGCGUGAGUCGAGCCAGUAAAGAAUUAAUCGACGGACAGGGACCCACCACUAAGGCUCUUUGGAAGACACUCUGGCAGCGUGAUUACGGGUGGCUCAUACAAUCUUGGGAUGUUGGAAGGAUCACAUUUCAAAGAUCAAAUGUCACGGAUCCUCCCUUUGGCAAAGACUUCUAUUUCCGGUUCGGACUCUGCCAUCUCGACUAUCUACUAGCGGGGUUCAACUCACCCGAAAGGUGCCUGAUUGGUUUGCAUGGAUGCAUCUUUGACAUUACCGACUUUUUCACCAGUCAUCCUGGUUCACCCGAUACUCUAUUGGUGCAUGCAGGGAGGGAUGCCUCCAAAAUGUUUGAUGACAUGGAUCAUUCCAGGAGUGCUAGACGGUUGGCCAGGGAAUUCUGCAUUUCAGUGGAUGUAUCCGCCACGGGCUCCUUUGGAUCCAAACCGACGAUUGCCUUUCCAGCUGAUGGGCCCAUUCCAGUUCUGGUGGAGGCUAGUCCAGUCAUUUCAAAGAAGCAACGGCGAAUGCAGCGGAAAGAGUGCUUACAACAUAUAUACACGGUGUUUGCAACAGAGGCAACACAGGAGCGGAAAAAACACGCGUUACAAAUGAAAGCCAACCCGAAUGUGUUGGACUGGAAUGUAUUCUAUGACCCCUUCCAAGGGGCGUGGAAGGCGUGGUAUACAAACAAGAGAGAUUUUGAAACAGUUUUCGUUUGA